AUGGCUUCUCGACAGACCCCAAAGCCUGUGGGAAGGCCAUCCAUCGCGCCAUCAAUCUUCCCAUUCUUGAAGCUGUAUCCCCAGUUGCAUCUGGGAGAGCUUGACGGCUUCACUCAGAGCGGAAGCACCAUCUCGCAAUCUUUGGAUUCCACGCCCUUCCGGACAACAAGCAAGCCCCGAUUAGCACAAUGGAAUUCCGCAGGCGGCAACAUGACAGAGGCAGUGGCUGUGCGGCGACGUGACGAAGGCAGGAAGAACAUGGCCGGACAGCUGCUCUUGAGUCCUGAAUCAAGGGUGCUGUUCGACACGCCGGCCGCCAAAGAGAACAACACGGGGCCUCUGUCUCGAGAAGCGUAUCCGCCUAGCCACAUGUACAUCAGUUCCGGCAAGCAGAGCGUCGACUUCCUCAAAGGCGAGCCGGAGGUCGUGUUGUUCACCUGCGGAUUCGACCCGCUAAGGGAUGCCGGGGUCGAAUAUGGUAGCAAGCUGCACGAGGCUGAUGUAGCUGUUCGUUGGCAUAAUUAUCCUGACUUGACCCAUGGAUUCUUGCAGAUGGCACCGGUGUCGGAGAAGGAUGACUGCCUCCGUCGCCGCCGAACUUAA